GUUUAUAUCGAAGGGACUGCGGCCCGGGUACACGUUGAUGAACGGACCUUAACAUACCGAAGCAAGAACAACCAUGAAGGCAUUGUUUCCAAUGGUAGAUAAAUAGGAAGCAUGCUUCUCUUGUAAAUUUCUGCAAGCAUCACUGAUCUCAUCGCACUCUCGAUUCUCACAGUCUCAGGAUUCGCUGUCUAUACUUACCACUCGCCAACAUGAAGACCGGCCUUGUCCUUCUCGCUGCGGUUGCAUCCGUCUCUGCACACUCAACAUGGCAGCAACUGUGGGUCGGUAGCACUGAUCAGGCUACAAAGUGCAGUCGAGUCGUCAAGGACAACAACCCCAUUACGAGCUUGACGAGUUCCGACAUGUUCUGUGGCCGUGGACCAGCAGCCUCUGCUAAUGUCUGCGACGUCGCUGCCGGAACUUCUUUGACGGUCGAAAUGCAUGCUCAGCCCAAUGAGCGCUCAUGCAGCCAGCCAGCUAUCGGUGGAAACCACUACGGCCCGGUCCUGAUCUACAUGGCAAAGGUUGCCGAUGCUAAGACUGCUAACAGCGGCUCUUUCUUCAAGGUCGCUGAAGAUGGUUACAAGGGAUCCACCCCAACCUGGGGAACAGAGAUCCUCAAUGCCAACUGUGGCAAGCGAUCUUUCACCGUGCCCAAGAACAUCGCUUCUGGAAACUACCUCGUCCGCGCAGAGGCUAUUGCUCUCCACGCCGGUGCCGGACAGCCUCAACCCUACGUCACUUGCUUCCAGAUCAACGUUACUGGCGGUGGUUCUGCUAACCCUGCUGGUGUCAGUUUCCCUGGCGCAUACAAGCUCAGUGAUCCCCUCUUCACCAAGGCUAUCUAUGAUAGCUCUUUCACCUACACCAGCCCCGGCCCAGCUGUCUACUCUGGUUGA